AAACACGUAAAUACAGGCAGCGAUUUCAAUCAGCGGCGAAUUGACUAGAUUCGGCGUAGGAAGCUCGCAAGGAAGCGUACAAGCGAGAUGGGGACGCCCGCAAAAAGGCCCGUCCGAAACACCGCUGUCGCUCGCACUUUCGGGGUUUCGGAAACGCUCUGCACCCGAUCCUCUAAGAUAAAUAUCGUCCCUCUCAACCUCGGACCCCGAUCACUUGAACCGCUCACACACCCCGAAUCCUCCGCCUAACCACCAGAAGCUGCCAUGCAGGAGUCGACCUUCGAAUCUCGGGCUUUAGAGACCCCUGCAAGCAUGAACAAAGCGUGUGAUCGGUGUCGAGACCGAAAGGUACGCUGUGAUAAAAAGUCCCCCUGUUCGAAUUGCGAACGGGUUGGGAUGACAUGCACGGUAUCGCCUCGUGUACAGAGAACAAAACGGUCACAUCCCCCACGAACCCCGGAAUACGAUGGGAAGCUCGGCCGUAUUGACCGACGCCUCGAGCAAAUGAAACGUCUGGUCGAUACGCUGAUCACAGAUCACGACAAGGCUUCCGGCUCGCCCUCGCCAGGCUUACCGGGUCGAUCGACGCGCGAGUCAUGUUCGUCGGAACCACUGCCAAAUGGGACCCCCCUACCCCAGCUUCCCCAGCGCCGGCAGUUAUCCGCUGCCGUCGAUUCCGGCAGGGAGGAUCAUGACACGGUAGUUGAAGGCUCAUCUUCGCUGGCAGCUCAUUCUACAUUUGCCGUCGAGCUCUGGCACAACGUCGCCUCCUCGGAUAAGGAGAUGGGCCAGUCCCUUGACAUGCAGGAGCUCUCCAAGGCCCUCCACGAAAUCGUCAACGCGCUCAAGAAGCAGCAAACGCCGGAUUACUCAUUCCCCCCAGCCGCCUUUUCAGCUUCCCGAGAUUGGGAAAAGCCGCCUAUUGAGUCAGCUGUGGCCGCUAUUAGAAGAGCACAAGAUCAACAGAGCAUGAUCCUUGCUUUCUUCUGCCAACUCCUCAGCUCCAAUAGCUUGUCCGACUUGUGUUUAAAGGUCUACUUCUCUGAAGACUAUUCCGAGGCUGAGUUUAUUAUCUUGAAUGUGGCAUUGUACUUCUUGUUUAGUGAUCCACAUCAAAAAACGCCACAUCCACACUUGGAGACCAAUUAUCAGACCUGGUGCGCAGCAAACCUUCAAAAGGCACUUGGGGGACUAUCUCUCCACGUAAGGUCGACCCAUGACACGGUCCUGUCACUUACUCUUGGGGCCCUGUAUGCUGUGCACACCUCUCAGCCAUCCCUAGCAUGGACGCUAGUUGCAGCAGCGCACCAAGCUGCAUAUUUGCUCGGUUUCCACACACAACAGAAAGGCUCCAACAAAGCCUCGGACGUACCCAACAGAUCUGGACUGCUGUUUUGGGUCAUUUAUUACAUCGAAAAGACUCUAAGCCUGAGGAUUGGCCGUCUGUCUACGAUUCCAGACUUCGACAUUACAGUCCCACAACCAGGGGGCAAUCGUCCGUCCCUGCCCCCUGCAACACGCUAUUGCCGUCUCCAGAUCAAGUACGCAAGAGUAGCUUCGAAGACUUAUGAACACCUCUAUUGUGCGAGAGCUCUGUGCCUUCCCAAUGACGUACGAAGACAACGAGUACUAGAAUUAUCACAAGAGCUGCGUGACAUCAAUGAGCAGUUUCUCGCAGUCUUUGAUCAGUGGCUUCAGUUAGAGGAAAAUGAAUACAGGAAAGAAGUACUCAACUUGAUGAAAAUCUCUGACAGAGUUGUGCAACUGUCAUUGUUAACCCUCAUCCACCGGGCCGUCCCGCCGUCCACCGACCCAAACGCCACAUUCACAAGCGAGUGCCUUGCUUUUGCUAGAGAGGCUCUAGAACACCACCACUCGUACAUACCUACAAUCAGUUCAAGAGCGUUCUCCCUAUCAUCGUAUAUAAACUGGACUAUACUCUUCUCUCCCUUCAUACCCUUCAUCGUUAUAUUUUGCCAUGCUAUCCAAACCGGCAAUGAAGAAGACCUGCGGCUCAUGGAGAGCUUCGUAAAGUCCAUUGAGUCUGUUGGCCAUUGCUCCACUACUAUUACCAACCAUUAUCGACUUUUCCUGGUGUUCCACGACGUAGCGCUACGCUACACAGCCCUCAAGUCAUCUCUCAGUCCUUCACAACAAGACCAGAUGGGAAUGAAAGCUCAGAUGGAUCAGUACCUAAGUUCCAUUGGUGCUUUCCCUCUGACAUGGAAUAUAACCGGGCAGAGCAUUGGCGGAGAGACACAAGGUUCAUCAGAAACUGCUUCGAUGCAGCUUGAUGAGGCUAGUGUCAACGGGGGCAUAAACCAAGCUUCACAACUAGCCACUUGGUUCAAUCCGGGUCAGCAGAUGGCGGGAUGGCUGGAUACCGAGAAGUUCCCAUUCUAGCAUCUCUCUCGGAUCUGUAGAAUUCCCCGCAGCUCUCGAGAAAUCUACCCUGGUUUGCAGCCCUCGUAUUUCUAUAUUCCGCCUUGAACUUGAUCGGUUAUAUAUAUUCGCGCAAAAACGUAGAUGUCUACAUCUCCCUCGUGGGUUAUGUAGGCUUAUAGCGUAAGACGACCAGGCAUUUUUAUAACUAAGGGGCUAGUUUAUGUCUACUUCCUUAUGCUAAGUUUAACCAAAGACAUAAGUGUUUUAAUAAUGACCUUGGCUG